AUGAGGAGCUUCUCGACCUUUGCUGUGAUCCUCGGUAUCACAACCAUGUUCUCAUCAGCCGCACCUAUCGAGAUUCUUCCCAAUGGAGUCGACUCUUACUCGACCCGCUCGGCCUGGUCUGCUACCAAGAGCGUGGCUACUGGCACCAAGCACGACGAGCGUGAAGCCAACCCUGUUGAUGCCACCGUUGAUUGCUACUCUACCCGCUCUGUAUGGUCCGCCAAAGCCGUCAGCAACCUCUUCCGUAGAUGUUGA